AUGGCGGAAUCUGACCCUCGCGACCAUCCGUCUUCAUAUUCAGGGCCUUCGCUACGGCGUGGCUCUACAGCACAGGGUCUUCGUUUUGACAGCAGAAUGAUUCGAUCAAGGCGGGGAUCUGCUAUAUCGUCUCUGAGCCAGACACCACAUCCUUGUGAUGACUCUGCUGCCCACCUACCCAGCCACCUCGAAGACCCUGAUCACGGCGGAGUUCCCUUGACAUGGUCCAGCAGCGACUCCUUCCUGGACCAUGGCUGUUAUAGUCGCCAGUACAUGCCAUCGCAUGAGAUGGUGGAGUCUUCAUGGAACAUCCCCGGAGGCGGCGUUGGUCUCGCAACUCAGGCCGACUUCUCUGAGAGCCGCCCGGACCAACAGUUUGGAGCCUACGACAGACCACCAGGACACUUCAUCAACAAUGAAUUCACGAUAACACGGUACCAAUAUACAACUACCAACCCCAGAGCGUCAUAUACCUCAGUGCCAGACGACUUGUCAGGACAUCUAGCUGUUGAUGUACACCCCACGCAAUCCUCGACAUCAUCAAACGUCUUUCCAUCUUCGCCCACGGAGACCUCGAACACUCAUUGGGAUGUAGCACCUACCAACCCCUCGAUCCAGCCUGUCCAUGAGCUCCACCAUGACGACUCUGCUUGGGUCGAUUAUGAUGUCGCCGACUUCCUCAAUCACUGGGACAUUCAAUAUCACAUGGGUGAGGCCGGACUUAUGCAUGUGGAUGAUGAGCGUAAAAGACAUUGGCGACCGCUCCACAAAGUGCCCUUUAGGAACUACGAUUUACAGGGCUUGAAUUGGGCAGCGCUCAGUACGAGCAGAAGCCAGGCUCGACUGGCGCGAAAAAUGCUCUAUCCUCUUCAUUAUUCUUGGACCCCACCAGCCACCUAUGACGAACACUCGGUAUGCCGACAACAGCGCAUGUAUGUCUCUAGGGAUUUCUAUCCCCACCACAAGGCCAGUCAUUCGCACGGCCAACUGCGAAAUGUGCUCGCGGCGCGAAGUAGAAAUGAUGUUUUCUAUGCAUCCAAGAGCAGGGUCAUGCAUACUUCACUGAGUUGUCCUGCGUAUACCGAUGUCGUUCUGAAUUUCAGCGGUGCAUCGACGAAUCCAAAUCAAGCCGGAGACACCCAUAUAACCACCAUUGCUGUUUCACCUGCCACGGACUUUGAUGGUUAUUGCGCGGAUGCUGUGUUAGUCACCGGUGGACUGGAGGGUGAGUAUUCUCUACUUAACCUCAACUCCACGCUAGGAGAUCGUCCUACCGAAGGCUUUGUGACCGUUGCCGAGCAGAAGGAAACCACUCACGUUCACAUCCUUAGUCAUCGCCGCACGGGUGCUCUAGGCGCUGCAUUCUGCUCUAACGACAGCAAAGUUCGGGUACUCGAUAUUGGCACUAAUUCCUGGUCCACUGAGUUUGGAUACGAGCACCAAAUCAACUGCGCCGCAACAUCGCCAGACGGCCGCCUCAGACUGAUUGUUGGCGAUACUUGCGAGUCACUGAUCACUGACGCCGAAAGAGGAAACGUGCUGUUUCGCAUGCGACAGCAUACAGGCUAUGGAUUCGCAUGUGCUUGGGCUGCCGACGGCUGGCAUGUCGCAACGGGCAGUGAGGACGGCAAGGUGGUGGUAUACGAUGCUCGGAGGUGGGACAUGCCAUUGGCGGCGCUUGCAUGCGAGAUGAGCUGCGCAAGAUCGCUGCACUUUACAACUUCGCAUCGCGGAGGUGCAUCGUUGGUCGUAGCCGAGUCUGACGACAUUGUCAGUGUGUAUGAUGCGAUGGACUGGCAUGACAAGCAGACCAUCGACUUCUUUGGAUCGGUGGUCGGAGCAGUAUCGGUCGAAGAUGGACAAGAGUUGAUUGUGGCUAAUGGCGAUGAAACGGUCGGUGGGUUGAUGGUGUUUGAGAGGAGGCCAUAUAUACCUGAUGAGCUGGAUGAUUUUGAUCAUCCCACGAGAGUCCAUCAUUCAAGUGGGCAAGGAUUGAACUUCGACGAUUUGAUGUUGUAA